AUGUUGGGAAGGCUAUUUCGACAACAGUCUUCGAGCUCUUUGCACAAGGAACCGCCCCCGGCCCUGUCCAGCGGCUUGGGAACGUCGGCCAACUCGUACGAGGAUAGUUAUACUCGAGAAAUCCUAUAUGGAGUUUCUGAGAAGCGAAUCCUCAAUCCAUACGAUCUUAACUCCAAGCUUUUUAGAAUACUUGUAUCACAGGACGGAGGCAGUUUGCGGUCGAAACAGGUGUUGUUCGACUCGGCCCACGAAGAUAAACCCUUGUCAGCGGCUCCGAAGAGCAAUUUGACAAGAAGCAUAAUGUCACCCAAGAUCCACCAUAAUCCUAACGAACUUCAUGAUUACAUGUUCGGCUGUGGACUUCCAACCAACGAACUUCACUCCAUCACAAAAAUACACAUGCUCCCGGUCAGCAGCCAAUAUGGUUCAAGUCGAUGCGUGCUAGUGACUCGGCUUUUCCUGAUUACUGACUUUCAGGACCUGACAAUUUCCCCAGGGUCGCCAUCUUCAAAUGAAAGCCAGGAGAUUGGUGUAUGGUGCCCACGGCCCACCCUCCCGAUAAACACCACCAAGAUCUCGGUACACCCGUCCAGCACUGCCAGUGUUUCGGCCACCAGCACUAAAAACAAUGUCACUAGUCGGUUCGCAGUUGGCUUGAUUAUACCUCUAGACGAUAAUGUCACCGAGGUCAUUGCCAACAACUGGCACGAAAUCUGCCAUUUCCUCAUAGUUCUUCAGAAAACUGUCAGCAAGAAGAUGAUUGGGGUGAUAAAUCAGAACGAACAUAUGCCAUAUAUUCAGAACAAGCGGAUCCAAUUCCCCAGCUAUAUUCUUGCCAAUGACAUGGAUAUACAGAGUAAUUUGCUCAAGCUUAUCAAGCUCAUAAACUACAAUGCCAAUAUUCCCAAACUCGUGAAUUCCAACUCUUUGAUGAAAUUGUGCCUACGGGACACCGGAGUUUCCAAGUAUAACCCGAUGGUGCUUAACUGGGUACUUGAGAUCUUAAACUGGCUUGAGUUCAAAGAAUUAAACGAAUCGUCCAAGUUUUUGUCCAGUUUGCUCGCGUUGGUAAUUCUGUACCGAUACCUGUUGACGGAGAGACCGUUUAGUCACGAUUACAGUUCCCGGGGUAAAGAGAUCACCCGAAUCGUGGUGAUGACUGGGAACCCAAUGGUUGCAAAAAAAUUGAUGUUCAUAUUGAAUGGUAUGAUAGCUGAUGAAGAUGUACUUAAUAUGUUGGGAGGGACCACCGGGUCUUUGGAAAAGCAGAUUUCUCUAGACAACUUCAGGUCGCCUCUAGAAGAAGCAGUGGAUAUUGGGGGAACGGUUCCCAACUCGCCUACUCAAGAAACAGAUGUCGACACAGACAUCGACGAAGAAGAUGAAGAGGAAAUUGAAAACAUAUCCUCACCUUCUUCACCGACAUCGUCGCCUCCUUUGUUUGCAGCCCACCCUAUCCCUAUCAAGUCGAAGCCAAGUCAGUCUUUCAGCUCCUCCGAAAACUCAUUUUCCAAUAUCUCCCACAAAGGUUGGGAAAUCCCCGGGAAGGCUACACCUGUCACAUCAACUUCGGUAUCCAACUCUUCUACACCGGUACCCAAGAACAUUCCCAUUUCUCGUCCCCAAAGAGGCCUGCUCAGCAAAAGUUCUUCCAUGGCGUACCUUUCUUCGUCCCUCAAUUCGUCUCUUUCGUCGUCGGCUUCCAACUACUCGCUCUCGAAAUUGGGAGGUUCUUUCAUCGAUAAAUGGCGUAACCAGUUCAAUUCGUCUGUCAACUACGAUAAUAUCGACUACCAACCGCCUGGUCAUGGACUGUUUGGAGGACACUCGUUUGGAGGAAACUCACUUGGAAAACCUUACGGCGGAAUUGGACGGAAACUCACGUCGCAAACUAUGAAAACCCCUUCCCCAGCUUUGGAAAUCGAAGGGUUCCAUUUGUCUCCUAGUUCCAGUCCCAGCCCUGUUCUUUCUGCAACUCCUACAUUGCCUAGUCCCAUUUCAAAUGGAGGUCCGAACGGGAGUCCCGCACUUUUACUGACAAUACCCACUGGUAUUAGGUCUGUGUCCAAGACUCAAUCAAUGUUUGACUUGUAUCAUGCCGAUAGUUUUUCAGGAAAACAUAGUACCAGGCUUGAGACCAAUGCCAUUAGCCGGUCCAAGGCUAGCAUUUAUGAAAACCAUCAGUUCACCGCCAAUUCCCUAAAAAUUAACCGGAAAAUUGACCAUAUUAUGGAGACCGCACCGCAUUUUGAGGUUGCAAGCGAGACUACCCUAAACGUGCCUGAGCCGGAUCCUUUCCCAGCCCACCAGCUCGCGGCGUACGAAGAUUUACCUCCCAGUGUGGCAUUCACUGAUGAGUUUAGACCCGAAUUUGUGCUCCAAUCGUGUCCUAUAAAUCCUCGUCUCGAACAGCAGAUAAUCAGCUCGAUGAAAAAUGACCUCUUGUUCCACCAGAACAACUGUCAUGUCGACAACAUCACCACCCGUACAAUUUUUGUGAGUCUUCGGGCCCGGGAAGUCAAACUUAUAGAAAUGAAGAUUGGUGAUGACCCCAGCACUGUUGUGACCACUCCUGCCGCCAUGAGCACGUCGCCGCUAGGUUCGUAUUUCCCCGAGCCCGCGGUUCCUCGUCGGCUGGCAGCCCCGUACAAAACGACCGUCAAGAAGGUUUAUGGUCCUGGGAAGCACCAGGGCGAUGGUGCUUUAGUUGGGCUCGUGGAACAAAAUCUACAUGCUAUGAGAGAACUUUUAGCGAGAGGAGCCGAUUCGGGCGUCUCCCAGUCAAGUCCCGACUUUAGUGCCGCUCUAUGUGCCCUUGUAAGUAACCUUUUGUGUUAA